AUGAAAUCGCCAUCUUACGAAAAUGGAGUUACUCCAGCAAGACUCGAAUAUAGUGAAAAAAUUAAUAGAAAAACAAAAGAAUUAAAAAGAAAAGCUGAAAAUUAUCCACAAGUUUCAUGUGACACAUAUUUUCCCAAAUGUAAGGUUAUGGGUGUCGAAGUUUUAAGAAAACGUUUAAAAAUGACGGAAGAUGAUUAUGUUGAACAUGAAAAAACUAUCCAACGAAUACUGAGUUCAAAAUUUAAAAUUCCGAUAAAUGGUUAUAGUGGUGGUCGUACGCAAAAGACAUUAGGAUUGCGAAAACCAGGUGUAAAAAGAGCAUUAUGGGAUCCUUAUUUGGAGAAUGCAUUGGUACUUUAUUCACCACCUGAGUUAAAUGAAGAACAAAAAAGGACAAUUGAUGAAAAAGACAAACUUGUUCAUGUUGUUGUAGAUCCAUUAUUAGGAAAUAUAUUAAGACCACAUCAAAGAGAAGGCGUUAAAUUUAUGUAUGAUUGUGUAACUGGAUCAAAAAUUGAGAAUAGUUUUGGAUGUAUAAUGGCUGAUGAAAUGGGUUUAGGUAAGACACUACAAUGUAUCGCUUUGAUGUGGACUCUUUUGAGACAAAGUCCACAAGGAAAGCCAACUUUCAAUAAAGCUGUCAUUGUAUGUCCAAGUAGUUUAGUAAAGAAUUGGGACAAUGAAAUAACAAAAUGGUUAAAAGGUCGUAUUAAUCCAAUGCCAAUAGAUUCUGGAAAACGCGAAGAAAUAAGAAUGAAUCUAACACGUUUUAUGAGUGAAAGAAGUUUAUAUUCUUCAAUUCCCGUUGUUAUCAUAUCAUAUGAGACAUUUAGGAUUCAUUCUGAUAUUUUAAGUCAAAGUGAGAUUGGAAUGGUUAUUUGUGAUGAAGGUCAUCGUUUGAAAAACAAUGAAAAUUUAACUUAUCAAGCUUUGUCAAGUUUAAAGUGUCUAAGAAGAAUUCUUAUAUCUGGAACACCAAUUCAAAAUGAUUUGUUGGAAUAUUAUAGUUUGAUAAAUUUUGUUAAUCCAGGAAUGCUUGGAUCAGCUAUUGAAUUUAAAAAAAAUUUUGAAAAUCCUAUUUUAAAAGGAAGAGAUUCAUUGUCUGAUGAUAAACAACGAAAAUUAAGUGAGGAAAAGCUUCAAGAAUUGUCGAAUUUAGUAAGUCAUUGUAUUAUCAGAAGAACAUCUGCUCUAUUAACUAAAUAUUUACCUGUCAAAUAUGAAUUUGUUGUUUGUUGUAAUCUCACUGAACUUCAAGAAUCCUUGUAUAAACAAUUAAUAUCAACUAGAAAAGUUGAUCUUACUAAAAAGACAUCUGAAGGUGCCAUAACGGGACAAGCAUUUACUUUUAUUACCAGUCUAAAAAAGCUUUGCAAUCAUCCACAAUUAAUUUUUAAUCGUGUUGAAAAAGGAGAACCUGGGUUUGAAAAUUGCAAGUUUCCAUCCGGUUUUUCAGACUCAAAAUUAGAUCCAAGAUGGUCUGGUAAGAUGUGGAUUCUUGAUUACCUUCUUGCACUUACAAGAAAGGAGACUAAUGAUAAGUUUGUAUUAAUUUCAAAUUAUACUGAAACAUUAGAUACAUUUGUAAAAUUAUGUAGAAUAAGGUCGUAUAGAUAUGUUCGUCUGGAUGGUUCAAUGUCAAUUAAAAAACGUGGUAAAAUUGUUAGUGAAUUCAAUGAUCCAACAAGUGAUAUAUUCAUAUUUUUACUCUCUUCUAAAGCUGGAGGAUGUGGUUUGAAUCUUAUUGGAGCUAAUAGAUUGGUUAUGUUUGAUCCAGAUUGGAAUCCAGCCAAUGAUGACCAGGCUAUGGCUCGAGUAUGGAGAGAUGGACAAAAAAAAACUUGUUAUGUCUAUCGUUUUCUUGCAACUGGUACAAUUGAAGAGAAAAUGUUUCAAAGACAAACACACAAAAAGGCACUUAGUUCAUGUGUUGUUGAUGAGCAAACAGAAGUAGAAAGACAUUUUAGUUCUGAUGAAUUGAGAUCGUUAUUCGAAUUAAGAACAGAUACAAACAGUGAUACUCACGAUAAAUUAAAAUGCAAAAGAUGUGUUAAUGGAAGAGAAAUUAAAAAUCCUCCAGAUGAAGCUGACACAAAUUCUGAUUUAUCGCUUUGGUAUCAUUCAGCAAAAGAUAUAUCCAAAAUCCCAGAUACUAUUUUUAGAGGUAUUCUUUCUAUUCCCAAAGUACCAAUUUCUUUUACCUUUUUUCAAAAAUCUCAUAUCAAAGAAGUUCAGAAAAAGGCUCCUAAAAAGACUGAAGAAGAAAAAGACUCAGACUUUGAAAACAAAGGAGAUGAUUCUGAUUUUAGCGACUAA